AUCAGUUCGUCUAGAUCAAGUAAUAAUUGUGUAAGAUCGUCGUGUCUAUUAAAGUUGACCGUCUUCACAGAACAAUUAGAUCUGGAUUAGACACGACGAAAUAGCAGACAGAAUAACGAGGGUAGUAAUUUCAGUACGAAGAAAGAACUAAUGAUCAAAGUAUUGAAACUUAAAAUAGGAAACAGAGUAAAUUUUAUGUUGUUUCACAUAAAAUUCGUGUUGUCGAAAUCCUAGUAAAUAGGACUAACUUGAACAGGGGUCGUCUUCAUCAGUUGGUCUUGUAUCGUAUCCAGUCGUAUCUGGCUGGCUGUGCGAGGUAUCCGAACAUUUUGCGAAGAUAGUCGAAGGGAGCCGAAUCGGUUCCGAAUUCGAAGUAGAGAGAUAGAAUGAGAUAGAUUGAGAAAAGGAAGAGAGGAAGGAAGAAAGUGAGUGAGGAAGUAAGAGUGUGUGUGAGAGAGAGAGAGAGCGAAAGCGAGUGAGUGAAUGAGAGAGUGAGGAAGGGGUGACAUAGGGAGCGACGUAUAGGAGGAGGGAUCCGCAUAUAACGAAGGAGUAACCGUAAACGUAACCGAUCGAGCGGUUAAGGAUUAGAGGAGCUCAAGAUCGGAUGUGUAUCUCGCGCGCGAAUAUAUCAAGAAAGGGAAUCGGUAAUCGGAUCGAACGCUCAGUGAGACAUCACACGGGAAGCCGAGCUUAAUGGCUGUCAGGGCACCGCGAGGGGCCUGCAAGUCGCGACCGUUAUAUCUUGUGAGCCUCGGAACAUCACCUUCGACUGAUCUGCCUCCUGCUGUAUUUCGCGAUUUCACCCGUUUUCCUGAUUUUCUCGAAUUGGCCUUCCCCAAGAAUAGCCAGUCUCUGCUUCCAUUUCCGUUUCUGUUAUGUGCGAACGGGAAGCAGUCGAAGUGUUUAUAACUACUCGGUCAUGGUGGUGGCGGUGACAAGGCGACUGGAAAGGAACUUGGAGCCGCUCUACGACCGAACCAGAAUACCAUCCGGGUCAUUCAAACCAUCCGCGACGCCGGAUAGACACCAAAUCUGCGAAGACUGAACAUCCGACUCCGCCUUCGUCUUCGUCUUCGCCUCCACCGCCGGCGACGACGACGACGCGGAUUAUUUUAACGAAGAAUACAGAUCCUGUGAUAGACGUCAAGUGUUGUCGACCUUAUCCCUUCUUAUAAGCUCCAACAUCUCCGUACGGAUAUUUCUUCCUUCUUGGGGAUUCAUCGAGAUACGCUUUCCGUCUUGAGCACGGAGGGAUUCAGGGUCCGAGAUGUUCACCGGUACGAUAAAGGUCAAGAUAUUUCAGGCCUUGGGGCUUACAGCAACUGACAAGCAGCGCAAGCAACGGUUCUGGCAGGAGGAACCACCUAUUCUUGAUCCUUAUGUCCUUUUGGACGUUGAUGAGUCACAUCUUAUUAAAUCAUCCAUUAAACCUAAGACCUUCGAUCCUGUCUGGAAUGAAUGCUUUACUCACGAAGUACAGGAUGCCGUUAUGCUUGGACUCACCAUCUUCCAUAAAGCAGCUUUACCACCUGAUGACUUUGUCGCCAACUGUAGCAUCCCUUUUGAAGAGCUGAUGCACCGUGAUGAUGAAACUGCAGACUUCUGGGUGGAAUUGGAGCCUCAGGGAAGACUGCGAAUAAGGAUAGAUUUGAUAUGGAACAAUCAAGAUCAACAGUCAGAUUGCGGCGGCGGAGGUGGCGAUGGGGAAGGCAUCGGUGGAAGUGCUGGGGGCGUCGGUGCCGGAACUGGUACUGGCGGCAAAGAACCCGGUCGUGAAUUUAAAGAAAAAGGGCAGGGUUUUAGUCGGCGAAGAGGUGCUAUGCGCCGAAGGGUGCACCAGGUGAACGGUCACAAAUUCAUGGCCACCUUUCUGAGGCAACCCACUUUCUGUUCUCACUGCCGCGAAUUCAUAUGGGGCUUGGGCAAGCAGGGCUAUCAGUGUCAAGUUUGUACCUGCGUCGUUCACAAAAGGUGUCACAAGUAUGUUGUUACCAAAUGCCCAGGAAUGAAGGACGAGGGACAGGGAACUGUGUUACAGUCAAGUCAAGGUACCCAAGGUCAACGGUUCAACGUCAACAUCCCGCAUCGCUUCGUUGUCCACAAUUACAAGCGCUUCACCUUUUGCGAUCAUUGCGGUUCCCUUCUCUACGGCUUGAUCAAACAAGGCCUCCAAUGUGAAGUGUGCAACAUGAAUGUGCACAAGAGGUGCCAGAAGAAUGUAGCAAACAAUUGUGGUAUCAAUACCAAGGCGAUGGCCGAAAUUCUCAGCGAAAUGGGUAUAUCGCCUGAUAAACCGACCAAGCCGCCGAGGUUCAGCUACACGACACCGUGUACACCGCCUGCUGUGCCUCCGAGUAACGACGCACCAGCUCAGGACAGCUUGCCAUCUCAGAGAACCGAGGAAGCUCGUCCAGCAGGUGGCGAUGGAGCUGUCACCGUCAGCGAAGGCGAAACAAAGAAAGUAGGUCUCGAAGACUUCAACUUCAUCAAGGUCCUGGGCAAAGGUAGCUUCGGCAAGGUGAUGCUUGCCGAACGAAAGGGUAAUCCGGAUGAGGUAUACGCCGUGAAGGUUCUCAAAAAGGACGCGAUCAUUCUCGAGGAUGAUGUCGACUGCACAAUGACAGAGAAACGCAUUCUCGCCCUGGCCGCAAAGCAUCCCUUUCUUACAGCUAUUCAUAGCUGCUUCCAGACCAGGGAACAUCUUUUUUUCGUUAUGGAAUACGUCAAUGGAGGUGACCUUAUGUUCCAAAUUCAAAGAGCACGAAAAUUCGACGAGGCCAGGGCACGAUUUUACGCGGCGGAAGUCACCUUGGCGCUGCAGUUCCUUCAUAAACACGGUGUCAUUUAUCGUGACCUCAAACUUGAUAAUAUCUUGCUCGAUCAAGAAGGACACUGCAAGUUAGCGGAUUUCGGAAUGUGCAAGGAGGGUAUAAUCGAUGGCGCGACUACGACCACCUUCUGCGGCACUCCCGAUUACAUCGCCCCGGAGAUUCUUCAGGAACUUCAGUAUGGUGCUAGUGUGGACUGGUGGGCCCUCGGCGUUUUAAUGUAUGAAAUGAUGGCCGGACAGCCGCCAUUCGAAGCAGAUAACGAGGACGACCUCUUUGAUUCCAUCCUACGCGACGACGUCCUGUAUCCUGUCUGGCUGUCCAAAGAGGCUGUGUCCAUUCUUAAAGGAUUCAUGACUAAGAAUCCUGCUAAGAGACUCGGAUGCGUUAUCGAGAAUGGCGGUGAGAAUGCGAUUAGGGUUCAUCCCUUUUUCCAGUGUAUGAAUUGGGAGGCACUGGAGGCACGAGAAUUGCAACCACCCUUUAGGCCCAGAAUCAGAAAUCAGCGAGACGCGAUGAACUUCGACGCGGAAUUUACAAAGGAGGAGCCUGUCCUUACGCCCGUCAAUCCCGACUCGGUUCGCUGCAUAAAUCAGGACGAGUUCAAAGGAUUCUCCUUCGUCAAUAAGGACUUCAAUCCGAGCAGACUCGCACCGCAGACAAGACUGGUCUCAGAUAUCCGGUCUUCCAGAAGAUAAUCUCAUCGUCGCUGAACGAAUCCUCUCUAGUCAUUGCACACCACGCGAAACUCACAUCUUCGAGAUUAUUCGAAAGGGUACGUUGCUUACUUUUUAAGCGGCAUCUACGGGAAGACUUAAAAAAUGCGCAUUAACGCAUAAGAACAAACAAAGGAAAGGAACAGCGAGUUUAACGCGUUCAGUAGACUCGUAAGCAAAAUAGUUCCUGGUUACCAGGAUACUUUUCUCUGUUUCAUAUUUAUUUAUUGCUCGUACGUCGAAGUAAGAUUCGGCACAGGACAUCGCUCCAAUGCUCAUCAAGAAGCAAUGCGACACGAGUCGAUCAACGUCCAUAAGGAACGUCGUGAAGUAGCGCCAAAGGAAAAAUUGCGAUCUUACUUGAAAGACGAAGGAAGAAAUGGUUAAGAAAAAAAAAAAAGAAUUAUUUUUUCACAAGGACCGAGAAGACUGGAACAGAUCGCUCGAAUCUCGUCCAUUUAAGGAAAGUCUAGGCCCAAAGGUCCGGCCCAAAUAUUUCUGUCUGCGAAAAACGGAUCAAUUUUUAAUCGAUCUCUCGAUUAUGCCGUUUAGCCACUCCUGUCAGGUUCAUCAUCGAACACGGACAAAAGUGUGAAGAAAUUGACUGGGCCUUUUUUUUUUUUUUGGUUGCAAAAUAAUAUUUCUCAAGAGCGUAAAGCAGACUUUCAUUAUCUCUCUGUGCUAAAACGAGAUUCGUGCACUUGCUAAUCUCGAGGUUCGCUUCUCAGCGAAUUUCUGGAAUUAUCAAUUGCAAUCCACGAACCUACGUGGAUCCUCUUCGAUGUUCCAUCUGUGUUGCUGAUGAAGUAGAGGUAAAAAAAAAAAAGUAAAAAGAAACGCAAAAGACAAUGCAAGCAAGCAAGAGGAUGAAGCA